AUGGGGCCCUUGACAGCCAUAGGAGCCUCAGUGCUGCUCCUCGCGGCGGCCAGAGGCAAUGUCGGCCGGAACCUAUGGACGCUCUUCAACCUGCUCGAUACGCUACGCGCACUGAGGGAGGUCCGAGCCAACGGCCGCAGAGUAGGGGUGACUACCAGGAGGCGACUUAUUCGCCAAUGCCUCAUGAGCUGGAUUGUCUUUGUGGGUAUGCGGCAGCCCCCGAGGCCAUCCGGACCGGCGAACCAUCGCAAGUCCCGUAGCGGCCAAGGUGUUUGGCCAGCGCUGACGGUACAGGUCGCCGCCCAGCCUGUCAGCCUCCUCGCAGACGCCCUCCUUUACUGGUUCCCGUUCUACAAGUCCUUCAAGAUGGCUGCCAUCCUCAUAUUUAUUACAUGGAGAUCGCAGGCCUCCAGCCUCGUCUACCAGAACUUUGUUGUCCCAUUUCUUCGCCGCCAUGAGCAGCACAUGGACCUCACACUUCUUCUCUUUCAUUCGGCCUUUGCCCUGGUUGCAUUGUUCGUGAUUCAUCUUCCGUGGCAGACCGCCAAAUCGGCCAUGUCACACUUAUGGUCAUCAGCUCCAUUCGACGCUCCUCGCUCUCCCGCACAUUCGACAAGCGAUCACUCUCCAAGACGUGCCACUCGGACCGAUGGCGGCAUCACCAGUGACGGUGCCUCAUCCGACGAACUAGGCGCGCUCCAUUCUGCCACUGCGUCAACACCUAGGAGGUCGCUACACGUUCCCGAUCUGGACCACGCUCCUCGCCGUUCGCCGCGUCGGCCCUCGCCAGUGGUCUCCCAAGAGGCGUCAUCUUCGUCCACUGUGGCUACUAUCGCUGCACGCUAUGAGCCCUUAUUAGCGCCAACGGCGAAGCGUUCAGCGUCGGCCACGGGAUCGAAUGGAUCAACGUCGCGUCCUCCACCUGCCGUCCACCGAGCACCAUCAGCAGCGGCACACAAGGCCCCUGCUCAACAGCCGGGACCAUCAGUAACUUUGCGGCCUGUCACUCAGCCUUCGAGGCAAGCCGUUCCCCGCCUGCGAAAAGACCAACGCCUUGUUGCUCUUCCUUCUCCGCCAACAUUCCUUCCGAACGAGGAGCCACCAGCAACUGUCCAAUCCGGAGCUGUAAUGUCGGGGCCACUGCGAGCUGUUGAUAGCUCCAAAAGGAAGUUGACUACCGGUAAAGGACCGCGCAAGGCGACACAAGCUCGACCACCCUCACCAGAAGCCGGACCCUCCCGACCAGUGCCUCGUGCGAAACGGGCACGGGAGACGGGCGACGACGGCCCUCCUGGACGCACUGCAGUGGGGUCUAAACCUGUUCCUCGUACAACUUCACACGCCUCCGCCUCCACCCUGCCAAAAGCCCGCACCAAGCCGGGAACGACCGCCAAGAGUGUGACUGCCAAACAGGCGGCGACGAGGCGAACGCGAUCGACGAUAGGGACGCAGCAAGAUGGCCAGCCAUCCGCGGCAAAGAGACCUCGUACGACCAAACAACCCAAAUAG